AUGAAAGAAGAAUUCGAAGAACAUUUAAGGGGAGAUGUUGUUGAAGUAGAUGAUGUGGAUCAUUCUAGUGAUGAUCAAUUAAGGUUUGCUACACAAGAGAGUCUCAGAUCACAUCAUGAAUGGGAAAAUAGGCAAAAAUUCAGAUAUGAAACAGGAGGAUAUAAAAAUGUUUAUGACCAAGGUGGAAGUUCUCGUGCAAGUGUUAGCGGAGGUGAAAGACCAGAAGAUCUAACUUUUUCUUUGAGGUCUACCAACGUUGAUCUUGUGAGGACCAAAAGCAUGAGGCAACCUAAAGUCAAUAAGGGCAUGCUAAACACAUGGAGGAAGAGGCUUGGAGCGGCCGUAAGCAAAUUUAUAAUUUAUGAGCGUUUGCCUAUGAAUUUAUCUAAUUCUCCCUGGUUGCAUAAUUUGAUUUAUAUAGCCUCUAAGGUGGGAAAAGCUAAAUUCCCAACUCCUUAUGAAAUCUCAAAUGUGUAUUUAGAGGCUGAAUAUGAAGAAAUGAAGCAAUGGAUAACUAGUAUGAAAAAAACUUGGAAACAAAAAGGGGCAACAAUAAUGUGUGAUGGUUGGACAGACGCCUCUAAGGUGGGAAAAGCUAAAUUUCCAACUCCUUAUGAAAUCUCAAAUGUGUAUUUAGAGGCUGAAUAUGAAGAAAUGAAGCAAUGGAUAAUCAACCAUUCUCAUAUUAUGAAUUUUUUAGUGUAUUGUGAAAAAGGAACAGUGUUUUGGAAAUCAGUUGAUGCUUCCGAUGUUGAUAGUAGAAACACAGAGUACUACUUUCAAUUAUUGGAUAAAGUUGUGGACGAAAUUGGCGAAGAAUGUGUUGUUCAGGUGGUUACAGACAAUGAAGCUGCACUAAAAGCAGCCGGUCACAAACUAAUGGAAAAGAGGCCACAUUUGUAUUGGUCUUCUUGUGCGGCUUAUUGUUUAGAUAUUUGCUUAGAGGAUAUAGGGAAGAAAAAAAAUAUACAAAAGUUAUUAAGUGAAGCAAAGUUGGUGACAACAUUCAUCUACAACCAUACGUAUAUUGUGAGUCUCAUGAAAAAAUAUACUGGAGGUAGAGAGAUUGUUCGUCCUGGUGUAACCCGAUUUGCAACACAAUUUCUACAACUUCAAUCAAUUGUGAAUCAGAAGGAAGGUCUGGAAAACAUGUUUCAUUCGGAAGAGUUUAGAAAAACAAAAUAUGGCAAAGAGAAGAAUGGGCCAGGAUAUGAAGCAAGGAAAAUUGUUUUGAGCAAGGAGUUUUGGAGUAAAGCCAAAGAUAUAUUGAAGGUGUACGAGCCUAUUGUUCAAGUUUUAAGACUAGUUGAUGGUGACGAGAAACCAACAAUGGGUUUCCUAUAUGAAGCCAUUGAUCGAGCAAAACAGGCAAUUCAACAAAAUUCUCGUUAUCAUUCCACCUAUAAUGAUAUAAUUGACAAGCGUUGGAAAUUCAUGCAUUCUGAUCUUCAUUCUGCUGGUUAUUUUCUUAAUCCACAAUUUCAAUAUGGAGUUGAACAUGGAGAUGAUGUCUAUAAGGAAACAUUUGAAGGGACGGCUAGAGUGAUAACGAAAUUAGUAAGAAGUAUAGAUGAUCAAAUCAAAGCUCUGAAACAGUUGACUCUUUACAGAGAAAAGAGUGAUUCAUUUGGUACACGUCUUGCUCAAGAUUCUUGGUCAAAGAUGAGGGCAGAUUCUUGGUGGGGGUAUUACGGUACAUGUGCUCCUGAACUUCAACUUGUAGCUAUAAAAGUUUUAUAUUCACACAAAGACGAGGAAUAG